UAUUGGACGAACUGUGCCUCAGUCAAGUGGCAGCACAGUCACGGAAUGGACGACAAAAUCGUGCCGUGUCGCUUCGUAACGUGAAAAGAACUUUACAGAAAUUACUUUACCAUUACGAACAGCACCGUAUGAUAAUAGAAGAGUGAGAGAUUGGAAGGUCAUUCGUCGUAUAAUUAACAGGCAAAGUGAAGUGUUGCAGAUAGCUACAGCUACGGAUCUAACGUUUUUGAGAACAAAGAAACAUGUAAGAUUUUGAGGGACAGGGAAAAAAUACCUUAGCGUGAUAAGGAUAACGCCCGUCACGACAACAAUGGCAGCACUGGAGAUACUGUGCAGCGUUGCUGUUGUAUUUAUAUUGUUUUACUACUAUGUUACGAGAAAUUAUAAUUUUUGGAAACAACGUCAUGUCGCCGGGCCUGAGCCUAUGUUUCCUUUUGGAAAUUUUAAAGAAAUAACGUUUGGGCAGUUACCAAUUGGCAUUCUAAUAAAACAAUACUACGAUCAAUUCAAAGGAGAGCCCAUGGUCGGUAUAUUUGUCAGAAGCUUACCUACUCUGAUAGUGCGUGAUCCUGAAUUGGUUAAGGACGUAUUAAUAAAGGACUUUACGAGUUUCCCAAAUAGAGGCAUACACUAUAACACAAAAGUCGAUCCGUUAAGCGAAAAUUUGUUUAUGCUCAAAGAAACGAAAUGGCGACCACUUCGUCGAAAACUCACUCCGGUAUUCACGUCCGGAAAAUUGAAGCAAAUGUUCUAUCUAUUGUUGGAAUGCGGAGAUGUAUUCGAAAAGUAUCUUGAUCAUCUUUCGGAAAAGAAUGAACCAAUAGAAUGUCGAGACAUUACAGCAAAGUUUACCACAGAGGUCAUCGGUACAUGUGCAUUUGGUUUGAAGACUGAUGCGAUUGCUGAUGACAACAGCGAGUUUCGAAAAAUGGGUAUCAGAGUAUUUUCUACAAGUUUUAUGAAGACGUUGCAGUUUAUUCUGCGACAGUCUAUGCCCUGGCUUUAUAAUAUUUUGGGAAAAUGUAUGGCUGACUGGGUCGUCAUUGAUUUCUUUACAAAAUCCAUAAAGGACACAAUAGAACAUAGAAAACAGAAUAACAUUGUCAGACAUGAUUUUAUUGACCUUCUUAUAGAUAUGAAAGAACAUUCUGAUAACAUGAGUGACGUCGAUGUCACGGAUAAUUUAAUUGCUGCCCAAGCUUUUAUUUUCUUUGUUGCUGGAUUUGAAACUUCCUCUACGACCAUGAGCAACGCCCUCUACGAAUUAGCAUUGAAUCAAGAUAUACAGGAUAAGCUUCGCCAAGAAAUAAAGGAAGAGAUUAUGAAGAACAAUGGCGAGUUAACCUAUGAAGCUGUAAAGGACAUGAAAUACCUUCAUAUGGUAUUUCAAGAAACUUUAAGAAAAUAUCCACCGGCAACUGUAAUGUUUAGAGUUGUAAAUCAGCCGUACACGUUUCGUGGGACUAAUGUCACGAUUCCUAAAGAACAUAGAGUAAUCAUUCCUAUUUAUGGCCUUCAUCAUGAUCCAGACGUAUAUCCUUCACCGGAAACGUUCGAUCCUGAAAGGUUCACUGCAGAAAACGUUAAAGCUCGACAUCCAAUGUACUUUAUACCGUUUAGCGACGGUCCUAGGAACUGCAUAGGUGAAAGAUUUGCGGUAUAUCAGACAAAAGUUGGUCUGAUUAAAGUUCUAAUCAAUCAUAAAGUAGACGUAUGUGAGAAAACAAAAAUCCCAUAUGAAUUCAAUACAAGAGCUUUCAUUCUGACACCGAAAGAUGGUAUCUACUUGAAAUUUUCUAAGUUAAACGCAUAAUAAGAAAGUCCUAGUAUCACGAAAUGAAGAUUAAGUCUGUAAAAAUAUUGAGGAGCAAUAUCGAAUGAAAUAAAAACUGCUUAAUGUAUAACAUCACAUGAA